UUUUUUUUUUCCCCUUUUUUUUGCGGUGAAAGUGGAAGCUUAUGGGGUGGGGGUUGAGUUUGGCAGAUUGGAGUGGGUUAAUUUUUUGAUGGGGUUCAAAGUGAAUUUGAAUUCAGGGAUGGCGCCUGGUUUUAGCCAUCUGGAGGAUUUCUGGAGAGAUGAAUUGUUGCUGAUUUACAUGGUGUUUGUGAAAAGUGGGAAUUCAUUCUUAUCUUUCGACCAUUUGGUGGUGGAUUGAAGGUUUCCUAAAUUCCAGACCUACAUGGUGUUUUUUAUCUAGGAAAACCGCCCAUUCCAAUUCAGAAUAGAGUUUAUAAAAUCGCUGCUGUGGACAGGACAGUAAGGCGAGUCUUUUGUCAUUCAUGUGUUUUGGGUGUUAACUUUACCAUUUCUCUUUUUGUGCAUGUUUUGUGCUUUCUUUUUGUGAUUUGUGUGCCUUGAUGUCUCAGUUCAAGUGUCUGGGCUGCUGAUAUUCUCGAGGCAUGUAUACAACUUUUUCCUUAUUUUCAAAAUUUUGAGCUUCUGAAAUCUUUAUUUUGUUCCAAUACCCUGUAAAUAAUUACCUCAUCCAAAAGCAUAAAUUUUAACAGAGGGUAUAAUUUUUUAUCUUGAUGACUUAAAACAACAAUUGUGUAGUUGGUUUGGUUGCUUUUUAAAGUGCCUCUUGUCUACAAAAGUUAAUUUUUCCAACAUAAUUUGAGGAUUUAAAAAAUGGUGAUUUUUUGCAGGAUUAGUGCACUAGCAGUGUUGAAACUGAGUUUCUCGCGGGAAAUAAAAGGGGUAUUAUUGGAGCAUUCCGUGAUAAAUAAUGAUGAACGACGAUGAGCUCUUGGUUUCCUUCUUUGUGAGUAAGACGACAUCCACAUCUACCGACGAUGUUUCCUCGAGUGUUCGUCGACCUUUAAGGAAAGGAGUGAGCUCGAAAGGCCGACCCAGUAAGCCAGAGAGACGUCCAGAGCAAACACGGCAAAAGAAUUGGCCUUCCACUAGAGCCAGAACAAUUUUAUCUUGGUUAAUUCAUUCAGGGGUUGUUUCCCUGAAUGAAGUAAUUCAGUUUCAAAACCCUGAAGACAACGCGGUUCUGAAACAAAGUAUAAUAACCAAAAAUGGACUGUUGUGCACAUGUUGUAACAAGACGCUCUCAAUCUCCGAUUUUUCUGCACAUGCUGGUUUAAAUUCAAAAUGGCCUUGCAUGAGUCUUUUCAUGGAAUAUGGAAAGUCAUUAAUCUUAUGCCAGCUUGAAGCCUGGUCAGCAGAAUACAAGGAAAAAAAAUCCCCCGGUGAAUUUAGUCAGGUUGAUGAAGGUGAUGAUAUAUGUGGCAAAUGUGGUCUGGAAGGUGAAUUGGUGAUGUGCGAUAAUUGCCCAGCCGCAUUUCAUCAAGCAUGCCUGUCUGAGCAGAUUCCUGAAGGAAACUGGUAUUGUCUACAAUGCCGCUGUCUCACUUGCUGGGAUGUGGUCAGUGAUCAAACUGCUUCAUUUUCUGCUGGUACUUUGAGAUGCUCACUGUGCAAACAUAGCUAUCACGAGACGUGCAUCGAAGGGAAGUAUGCAAGGAUUGGGAGCUCACAUAAGUGGUUCUGUGGAGUAAGCUGUCACAAGAUCUACAAAGGUCUUCAAUCUCGCGUUGGAUUGAUGAAUGACAUCAGUGAUGGAACCUCUUGGAGACUACUACAAUGCAUUAAUGGCGACUUUAAAGCACAUUCGUCUAUGGACUUUCUUGCUUUAAAAGCCGAAUGCAACUCCAGAUUAGCUGUUGCCAUCACAGUUAUAGAAGACUACUUUCUCCAAAUGGUGGAUCCAAAAACCAAAAUAGAUAUGAUACCGCAAACAAUAUACAACUGGGGAUCACAAUUUCCUCGACUGGACUUUGAAGGAUUUUUUACUAUUGUAUUGGAGAAAGAGGAUGUUAUGGUGUCUGUGGCAUCAAUCAGAAUACACGGGAGAGAUGUCGCAGAGUUACCUUUUGUAGCUACUUGCAGAAAAUUCCGGAAACGGGGCAUGAGUCGACUCCUUCUUUCUUCUAUAGAAGAGAUGCUUAAAGCGUCAAAAGUCGAGAAGUUAGUACUACCUGCAUCAAGCCCCGAGUUAGUCCAGACAUGGACAAACAAGUUCGGUUUUCAACAUUUGGACGAGGAUGAUAAAAUAAGUCUAAAGAAAGUCAACUUCAUGCUGCUUCCCAACUCCACAUGGCUUAAGAAGCCUCUCGUGUAAUCGGGAAAAAAAGAGAUGGUGAGAACUUCACUUGUUAUUUUCCCUAACUUGGUCCGAAAUGACGAUAAUUAAUUCAUCAAGAACCGAUGAAUACAUUUUUGCAAAAUCGAUUUUGUUGUCAUCUUUCAGACACUUGUGAUGGUCUGAGUUUAGGUUUUUAACUGUUGGAAAUUAUAUUUACUAGGGGUUGUGGUUAGGUAGAACCUAAUGUAAUUAGGUGGUUAGUUAUUAGUUAAGUAGUUGAAGUUAGAAUCAAACUCUCAUCUUAAUUUACAUUAACAAUAGUUGUAGAAUUUUGUAUUCAAGUGUUGAAAGUGGUUUAUUCAA